AGAAAUCGUAGAGACUGUGGCGACACAUGAAAAACUCAAGAUGUAAUUAUAAGAAGCCCGCUGUCGGAUUCGCCUUGAAAUUCUGCAUAUACCACCUUAGUUUCAUAAAGUUUGGUCCGGCGCGGAGGUUGCACCUAAUUUUCUAAUGGAUGUCCAUGCACAGGCAAAAUCUGCGAAAAAUAUCCUAAUAGAGCAGUCUCAACAAACGCUAAUCACAUUCAGUUUUUGACUAUGUCGUCCAAACUUCUACACUUGACUGAUGCCCGAUCAUAUGUCUGAACCCAUAGUCCUGACAUUCUUGAAAAAGUUUUGGUUUCCAGAUAGUCCGGACGCUAGUCAUCUACAUUUUUUUGCUUACCCGGGGAUUCAAAACAAAAUUAAAAAACACAAUGUUGCAAAAAAUAAUCUUUUCCGCAUAGUUGUUGAGUGCGUCACCCCUCGUAACCUAGUCGCAAACUUUAUCGCAUAUACUGUUCCGUCGUAGAUUUGUCAUCGUAAUAAAAAACGUGAAGUGGAUAUUUUGUAGAAUUAAGAAUAAGCACAGAAUUAUUCAUUCUGGAAUUCUCUUAUCAAGUCUCGAGUUACUAGUACUUGUGUCUGUGUAAAAACGAUGUUUCUAACUACUAGAUGCAAAAAAAGAUAUUCAUAUGAAGGAUUACAUGUCAAAUGGAAGCAAUUUGAAUCGAAACUAGUUUUGCCCAUAUGAGAUGACCUUGGAAGUAAAUGAUUGAUUUUGUCUUACAUUUUCUUUUAAUAGUUUACUUCUUUUCUUCCAAAGAGAAUGAUAUCAUUUUUUUCAUCAUUCUAGGACGGUACGGUAUAUAAAUACUGAGAUACGGCAAUGCUCAGAACAGUUGUUUUAAAACGGCAACCAAAUGGUUUCGGGUUUGUUUUAAGAGGUUUAAAAAGUAAAGCUGUGAUUAUUUAAUUUCGACAUUGUCCCGUUAUAUAAUCUGUUUUACUAGAUGUUGGUACAUCUUUUAAGCCAACAAAAUCGAUUCCUGCAUCACAAUUGCUCUCUGAAAUUACAAAAGAUAGUAGUGCUGAUAAAGCUGGUCUUUUAGAAAAUGAUUAUUUAUUAGAGAUUAACAACAUAAAUGUUGAAUCAGCAUCACAUGAACAAUGUGCGGAAUUAAUUAGAGCAACAGGAGAAACAUUAUUGUUAAAAGUUAUCACUGUUACAACAGACAUGGUCUCAAAAUACGCAGCCUGUGUGUUAGAAAUGAAGUCGAAAUAUGUACUUUUAAAUAAAAAUGAGUCAGUAAUCGGAAACAAAUCAGCAACCUUAAGCAAGAAACUAUUACUACACUCUUACUUAGAAGGUGGCAAUACAAAAACUAAACACGGUUUUUUUAUGAGACCAUUGGGUAAAAUACAAAGCCAAGACAAAUAUGUUUUAAAUUUACUAGAUGAAGCACAAAUUGAAUUAGAAUCAAGUGAACGUUUACUAGAAUACAUUUCAAUUUUUACAGAUGAUGAAGAAACGAUGAUUACAAAUGAUCAAAAACGAUUACAAAUGAUUACAAACGAUCGACAGAACGAUCUUGUUUAUGAGGAUAACUUUAAUCCGAUCAUAUUUGGCAUGGUUCAAGAAUUCUCAUAUUCCAAACUUUAUGAUGUUUGUGCGAAAUAUGAAAGUGAAGAAGACUUAAGCAAACAUGACAAUCUUAGUAUGAAAAAUUCAUCAUUUUUUACAGAAAAAGGUCUAAAUAAAGACGAGGCAAGAGCAGCAGCGUUUGCCAUUGCCUUUUACACUGGUUCACAAAGCGAUGGCAUUAAUCGGGGUGCAAGUAUGGUUGCACGUACCAGUAAUGGUGCAGCAAUUAAGAAUUUAAGCGAAGAUGAUUUGAAUGAUGCAGUAAUUAUUCUCUAUUAUUUAAUCCGUGGUCUGGCUCAUAUUCCUUACUAUUGGGGGGUCUCGUCCAGAGCUGUUGAUUUAACUAAUGAUGAAUUAAAAGUCUAUACAUCCGAAUCAUUAAUUACAUGGUUUCAGUUUAGCAGUUCAAAGAAAGGUCGUUCACCUCCUGAUAAUUUUUCGAAAGAAAGAAAUACAAAAUUUAUAAUCCAUUCAAUAACCGGUAGACCAAUACAACAAUUUUCAAUGUUUCCUGAUGAAGAUGAAGUUCUGCUUUUACCACAUUCAGUAUUUAUUGUACUUGAUCAUCAAGUUUCAUAUGACAAUAUUCAUCACACAAUAUUGAUGCGUCAAGUAGAAUUAGGAUUCUGUAAGAUGUCAGUAUUAUGGGUUGAUGAUCAUAUAUUUGAUGAAAACUGGGAAAAUAAACGGCAUAUGGAACAAGCAUCAACAAGAUCCUUAAAUGUUAAUGUUCAUUUUAUAGCUAAAUCAACAACCGAUAGUGCUCUAUCCUUUCUUCGUUCAACGUUUGGUCAAAGAUUGAAAAAUCGAGAAACAUUUCGAAUUGUAACAGAUAUGAAUCGUGACAAUGAAUACCCGUAUCAAAAUACGGCCGGUGUACGGCUGAUUAAGAAAUUGAGAAAAUUAAACUUUGAAAAUCAAUGCCUAAUAUUUACUGGCGAUGAAAAAAGGGGGAGAGAGAAAGUAGAAAAGGAAUUAUCCACUAAUGAACGAAAAUUUGUUUCAAUAACAACUAAUCCGGAUAUUUUACAGAAGUUUGUCUGUUUCGAAGAAAAACCGUGUUAA